AUGUCUCAACCUGACGCAGUUACAACGCGCAUGGGGACUCGACCUAAGAACGCAACUCAGCAUCCCGGGCGCAUUUUAAUCAAUAGUCGUGGAAAGAAGCGUACCACUGCUGAGAAGGCCGCUGACGACCAACGUGAAAGGGAGGCAAAGGAGGCAAGUGAAAAAGCUGUACAAGAAAGUUAUCAGCGUAUUGCUACUUUGCAGGCACAGAUGCAGGCUGACCAAGAUGCUAUGCGUGUUGACGCACCUAAGCCUAAGCGUCCUCGUGCACGCCCGGUGGGGAAGGCUGCAAAAGACUUGAAGACCUCCGACUCGACUAUGGAUGAUAGGCAGGCAGGAGCAAAAAUCGUCGCCGAUAAGCCUCUUGUCACCAAAGGCAGGGGUCGUGUGGGUGGAGCUAAAAGGUUAGCAGCUGAUGCUAGCGUCGAAAAUCCUGCAAGUGAGGAUGAGGAUGGGGACCCGGUCCAAACCAAAAAGAAGAAACUGGCAGUGAGAGAAGCAAUUCAAGCAGUAUUAAACGCUGGCAUCGUUAUCGACUCAACAAAGGCACGUGAUGGAGAAGUUCAGAAGACGUCUGAUGUUUCCCAAAAAUUUGCACUUGCUGGACAUGUCCCAGGGUGGCUGUCGAAUCUUCCCGCGACUGCCUCAAAGCCAGCCGCAUCGUUGAGGGGGAAUCCUUCUACAUCUUCCAUUCAACCACGGACCAGUUACUCUAAGCUCACAAAGGGGAGCACCAUCAGCAGCAAUGUUCCGCCCCCACUCACACCCAUCAGUACCUCAAAUGCUGGAGGCUUUACAGAGUUCAAUAUGUACGCGUCUGAUGAGGACGAGGAUGACGAGGAGCUCGCAAAACCUCUUUCUCAUAUUACAAGCAACAAGGCUUACGCGGGUAUUAUGAUUGUUCCCAAAGCUCUUGACGGUGUAGUACCUUCAGAUGUUACCUGUCGCGGUGCAACCGAACAGCCUGAUCCGAUUGAAGAUGCGGACGACAUCGAUGUCUUCACAGACAUCCGCGGCCACUUUAUAGAUUCUGACGGCGCCGGCCCUGCUACACAACCUGAUUUUCUAAGGGAGUAUAAGGCCAAUGAUGAUGCCAAUCACGAGCUACAGUCCUUGGACCGUGAUUCUGACCUUGAACCUCCUCCCCUCGCCCAAAAACCUAGGUCCCGCUCCACCCCCCCAAUGGAUUUUGACUCCCUGGCGAGUCAGAAGCGGAAGCUGUCACCUCCUCUGGACUAUGACGACAUAAUGGAGCUGUCAUCCGAGGCCAAAAGUGUGCAGGGUGCCAAUGAAGAUGUGAAGACCGAACCUGUUGACCCAGUGUUCACGCGCCAGGUGACCUCUACAACUAACGUUGCUGUCACGCUCAAAGCCCCUCCAGCAAAGCGGCUGAAGUCUGAGUCCUCCGCUCCUUCCAAGCCAAUUGUACGCUCUGCGUACAGGAAGAAGCAUCUUCCUAAGGGUUGUCAGGUGGGAAACAAGUGGGCACGACAGUUCAUCCCUACCGUCAUUCGCUGCAUCGGCGAUCUAGAUGAAGUAUGGACCCUUGCAGAUGACGUUGUCUGUCCUAUCUUGCAGUCAGUCUGGAAUGCAGUCUACAAAGGCAAGAUUCCACACACGGUUGAAGCUGAUGGGCCUGUCCUUUGUCGCGCUCGUUAUGUCUCAUUGCCGCCUCCAUUCGUCACGCUCGUUAUGUCUCGUUGCCGCCUCUGUUUGCUUUGUCGCGCUCGUUAUUAA